ACAGUUCUCUAAAUGACAGACGUGAUUUCGUUUAGAAACGGAAAAACGCCUUAACGAACGAGCAAUUUCGUUUCGACGUUUGUUCGGAGAUUUGUGUGUUGUGAUCGAAAAUAAAUAAAUAAAAAGAAUAUCCUGGGACAUUCGUACUUUCUGACUCAAUUUCAGUAUCCUGCAAUAUCUCCACCUUUCGUCUGUGAAGAGAUGUAUCCAGCCUGAGUUUCCAACUGAAUUCCCCUCAAAGGUGUAAAUCGGUCCCCGUACCGAUGUGUUAGUGCAACAGGAGAGCAACAGAAGCCGCCAUGUCGUCGGUGAAGGUGGCGGUGCGCGUGCGCCCCUUCAACUCGCGCGAGAUCGCCAGGGACUCCAAAUGCAUCAUAGAAAUGUCGGGCAACACUACAGUAAUAGUGAAUCCGAAAGCACCCCCCGGGAACAAAGAUGCUGCCAAAAGCUUCAACUUCGAUUUCUCAUACUGGUCUCACAAUCCCAGCGACCCGGAAUUCUCGUCUCAAGUCAUGGUGUACAAAGACAUCGGAGAAGAGAUGCUUCAACAUGCUUUUGACGGUUACAACAUAUGCAUAUUCGCCUACGGUCAGACGGGCGCUGGCAAAUCUUACACGAUGAUGGGCCGCGACGAAGAUCAGGGCAUCAUCCCGAACAUCUGCAAGGACCUGUUCCGUCGCAUCAGGCAGACCACUUCUGAUGACCUCAAGUACUCGGUGGAAGUCUCGUACAUGGAGAUAUACUGCGAGCGCGUCCGGGACCUGCUGAACCCUAAGAACAAGGGCAACCUUCGGGUCCGCGAGCACCCGGCCCUUGGACCCUACGUCGAGGACCUUAGCAAGCUGGCCGUCACAUCGUACCAGGACAUUUACGACCUUAUCGACGAGGGCAAUAAGGCCAGGACGGUGGCUGCUACGAACAUGAACGAGACGUCGUCUCGCUCGCACGCCGUAUUCACUAUCUUUUUCACACAACAGAGGCACGACCAGACCACGGAUCUUAUGUCUGAGAAGGUGUCGAAGAUCUCCCUAGUGGACUUGGCGGGCUCCGAGCGAGCCGACUCGACAGGCGCCAAAGGCACCAGGCUGAAGGAAGGCGCGAAUAUCAACAAAUCACUCACCACACUGGGGAAAGUCAUCUCCGCGCUUGCUGAAAUCGCGUCAAAGAGCAAGAAAUCAAAGAAGGCAGACUUCAUACCAUACCGUGACUCUGUGCUCACCUGGCUUCUCCGAGAGAACCUGGGAGGGAACUCCAAGACCGCCAUGAUAGCUGCUAUAUCGCCCGCCGAUAUCAACUACGACGAAACACUUAGCACAUUGAGAUACGCCGACCGCGCCAAACAGAUCGUUUGCAAGGCGGUCGUCAACGAGGACGCCAACGCCAAGCUCAUCCGCGAGCUCAAAGAGGAAAUCCUCAAGCUGCGCGAACUCCUCAAGGCGGAGGGAAUCGAGGUCGAGGAAGGACCAGAUGGUAGAGUCGUUUAUGAAAAGAAAGAUCCGCCUACCACCGAAGAGAACGCGUCACCGCAACGCAAGAAGAGCGAGGCCGAAGUGCUGUCUCCGAAGCUUUCCCGAGCGGCUACGACCAUUGCCGAAGAAGCUGUGGAUCAGUUGCAGGCCUCCGAGAAACUUAUUGCUGAACUGAACGAAACUUGGGAAGAGAAACUCAAGCGCACCGAGCAAAUUCGUGUGCAACGCGAGGCCGUGUUCGCGGAGAUGGGCGUCGCGGUGAAGGAGGGCAUCACUGUCGGAGUUUACUCGCCCAAGAAGACCCCUCAUCUGGUCAAUCUGAAUGAGGACCCGAAUCUUUCGGAGUGCCUCAUCUAUUACAUCAAAGAUGGUGUGACUCGGCUCGGCACUUCAGAGGCCAACGUUCCCCAAGACAUCCAAUUAUGCGGCUCUCAUAUCCUCAGUGAGCACUGCAUCUUCGAGAACACUGACGGCGUCAUCUGCCUCAUACCUCAUCGCGAGGCUCUCAUCUACGUCAACGGGCGUGAGGUCACAGAGCCGAUAAUCCUGAAGACGGGCUCCCGCGUGAUCCUGGGCAAGAACCACGUGUUCCGCUUCACACACCCUGGCCAGCCGCUCGAAGACAAGGAGACCAUCAUUAACAAGGAGAUGACCACCGCCGACCCUGCUGGCAACGACGCCGAAAACGUAGACUGGGACUUCGCGCAAUGCGAGCUGCUGGAGAAACAAGGCAUCGACCUGAAGGCCGAGAUGCAGAAACGGCUUGUGGCUUUAGAAGAGCAAUUCCGAAGGGAGAAAGAGCAUGCUGACCAGCAGUUUGAAGAACAGAGAAAGAACUACGAAGCCCGCAUAGACGCGUUGCAACGCCAAGUGGAGGAGCAGAGCGUGACCAUGUCCAUGUACAGUUCGUACACCCCCGAGGACUUCCACAAUGACGAGGAUAUCUUUGUGAAUCCCCUGUUUGAGACAGAGUGUUGGUCGGCGCGCGAGGUGGGGCUGGCCGCGUGGGCGUUCCGCAAGUGGAAGUACCACCAGUUCACCUCGCUCCGGGACGACCUGUGGGGGAACGCUAUAUUCCUGAAGGAAGCCAACGCGAUCUCCGUCGAGCUCCGCAAGAAGGUCCAGUUCCAGUUCACGCUCCUCACCGACACCCCCUACUCCCCCCUCCCCGCGGAGCUCGCCCCCCGCGACGACGCCGACGACGAGUACCGCCCCAGCGCGCCCACCGUCGUCGCCGUCGAGGUCACUGACACCAAGAACGGCGCCACGCAUUACUGGACGCUCGAGAAACUGCGCCACCGCCUGGAGCUAAUGCGCCAGAUAUACAACAUGAACGAGAGCUUGUGCGAGGAGGACGAGGCCCCGCCCCUGGUGCUGGCCCCGCCCCCCGCGCUCGCGCAGGCCCCGCCCACGCCCGACAUUCUGCAGUGUAUCUCGGCGGCCGCGCAGCAGACCAGACUGUCGCUCGCGAACCUGCUGCCCUCGAGACAAAGGCUGGAGCUGAUGCGUGAGAUGUACCACAACGAGGCGGAGUUGUCGCCGACCUCCCCAGACCACAACGUGGAGUCCGUCACCGGCGGGGACCCGUUUUACGACCGCUUCCCCUGGUUCCGCAUGGUUGGACGGAGCUUCGUGUACCUGUCAAACCUCCUGUACCCGGUUCCGCUCAUUCACAAGGUCGCUAUCGUGAACGAGAAAGGAGACGUGAAAGGCUACCUGCGGGUCGCCGUGCAGGCGGUCAUUGACGCCGAGAAAAACAACGCAGAGUUCGCGGCGGGCGUGAAGCAAUCAGCCAAGAUCUCGUUCGACGACGACGUCGCGCCCGCGCGCCGCAAGACGCUCGCCAGCGUCAUCGACAAGAACAACGCGCUCAACCUCGAGGAGCGCAUCGAUCUCGCAGACUCCAAUAUUAAAAUAGAAGAGUUAGCCGGCGGCGAGUGCGACGCCGACAGCGGCCGCGGCGACAGCUCUCUCGCCUCAGAGCUGAAAGAGGAAGACCUGCCCGAACACCUGACCCUGGGCAAGGAGUUCACCUUCCGCGUGACCGUGCUGCAAGCUCACAGCGUAUCCACAGACUACGCCGACGUAUUCUGCCAGUUCAACUUCCUCCAUCGUAACGAAGACGCAUUCUCGACAGAGCCCGUUAAGAACACUAUUAAGAACACACCGCUCGGAUUCUACCACGUACAAAACAUCACUGUACCAGUAACCAAGUCGUUUGUGGAAUAUAUUAAAACGCAGCCCAUUGUUUUCGAAGUAUUCGGACACUACCAGCAACACCCAUUACACAAGGACGCCAAACAAGACGGCCCGGUGGGCGGGCGGACGCCGCCGCGCCGCAUGCUGCCGCCCUCCAUCCCGAUCUCGGCGCCCGUGCGCAGCCCCAAGUGGGGCGCGGCCAGCGUGGCGCCGCCCUGCUGCUCGUCACACCUCCACUCCAAGCACGACCUGCUCGUGUGGUUCGAGAUCUGCGAGCUCGCGCCCAACGGGGAAUACGUGCCUGCUGUGGUGGAACACAGCGACGAGCUCCCAUGCCGAGGGCUGUUCCUGCUGCACCAGGGCAUCCAGCGCCGCAUCCGCAUCACCAUCCUACAUGAACCCUCUGGAGAUCUGCAGUGGAGCGACGUUCGCGAGCUCGUCGUCGGCCGCAUCCGCAACUCGCCCGAAGCCAACGAAGACACAGCGGACGGCGAAGAAGACGGCGCGCUGUCGCUAGGACUCUUCCCUGGAGAGAGGCCCACGCUCGACGACCGGGCUGUAUUCAGGUUUGAAGCGGCGUGGGACAGCAGUCUCCACGGCUCGCCGCUGCUGAACAGGGUUAGCGCCAACGGAGAAGUUGUCUACAUCACGCUUAGCGCUUACCUCGAGGUCGAGAACUGCGCCCGGCCGGCCAUCAUCACUAAGGACCUGUCGCUGGUGGUGGUGGGGCGCGAGGCGCGCACGGGCCGCUCGCUGCGCCGCGCGCUGUUCGGCUCCAAGUGCGCGCGCGCAGACCGCCUCACCGGCGUCUACGAGCUCAGCCUGCACCGCGCGCUGGAGCCAGGUGUCCAGCGACGACAAAGGCGCGUGUUAGACACGAGCGGCACAUACGUGCGAGGAGAGGAGAACCUGCACGGCUGGCGUCCGCGCGGAGACUCGCUUAUAUUCGACCACCAGUGGGAGCUCGAGAAAAUGACCCGACUGGAACAAGUGGGGCGCACGCGACAUUUCCUUGCACUGCGCGAACGUCUGCGACACGGACACGAGAACACUGUCGCGCCCAACGACUUCACCAAGACAGAGAAGGAGGUGUGCAACAUGGCGGCCAAGGCGGCGGCCGAGCAGCACGCGCGCGACGAGUCGCUGUACGAGCCGUGGGACAUGACGCCGCGCGAGCGAGAGCUCGCCACCAAGUUCCUCAAGCUCAUACAAGGACGGAUAGGAAUGAACAAUAACACGGAGGGCGCUCAGUCGCCCGCUACCCCCGUGGACGAAGGCCUCGCGCCCGACGUGUCCACGCCAUCCCUGCUGUCCUCCGUACAUAGUGCCAGCAGCUUCGAACUAUGCUCACCGGAGCGCGCGCUCCUAGAGAAAUCAAUGGCGGCUUGGGGUGGCGCCCAACUGAGCGCGGGCGGCGCGCUGUACGUGCCCGACUGCGAGGAGGUGCGCGUGUCCGCCGCCGUGGCGCGCCGCGGACACCUCAACGUGCUGCAGCACGGCACGCACGGCUGGAAGAAGCGGUGGCUGGUGGUCCGCCGGCCUUACGUGUUCAUCUACCGCGAUGAGCGCGACCCCAUCGAGCGCGCCGUCAUCAACCUCGCCAACGCCCACGUGGAAUACUCCGAAGACCAGGAGCAGAUGGUGCGGAUGCCCAACACUUUCAGCGUUGUGAGCAAGGAGCGCGGCUACCUGCUGCAGACGCUGGGCGACAAGGAAGUCCACGACUGGCUGUACGCCAUCAACCCGCUACUCGCUGGACAGAUCAGGUCCCGCUCGGCGCGGCGCGGCGACAAGGCGGCCGCACCAGCGCCCGCAUGAGACCUCACCAUGGAGUCUAUCCUCGUUUAUUAAGCGCAUCGCCUCCAGCCAGCGUACUGACGUGCAUCCUUGCCAUUGAAACUGCUAGGGCUUGUUCAUUCUGUUUCUGAGUCGGUUCGCGCGAAAGAAAGCCGGAUAUUCCGAGUAGUUUUGACGGUUCGCGCGGUUCGAGAGCGGAGAGUCGUGAGUGAAAGGUGUCAUUGAGCGAUUUCAGUGGGUACGUCCCUGUAAAUGGUUUACCGAUCUCUUUUUCCCGAAAGUUUUAGGUAUCGUUAGCGAAUCUCGCGAUUCGCGGCAAUGUAACUAAUUGGUCUUUGGGUAUAUUAGGAUUGAAACCUGUCUCCCCUAACGAUUUUAGACUUUUUAUUAAGCCUUAUAGACAAUUUUAUCCAAAUCAUGAAAUUAAAACCAGCAAGGUUAAACAAUCUUCUUUAGAUACUAUAUUAGCGGUUCUUGUAGAAAAAAUGGUUUCGUUCUUUAAAAAACUUUUAAAAUCGGCCAAUUGAACUAUUAAAUAGACCGAGAGUUGAUUCAAUAUACCUACGAGUAUGAGGAUUUCAAGUUUGAAAAGGAACGUAAAAGUCAUGAUUGUCUUCCUCGUAUGAUAAUACAUGAUAGAAACUGGUUAACUAGUCAAACCAAAUUGACAUCCGUAAGAGGUUUAUUAGAUGAAAUUUCGGCUGGUUUGGUAUGGAUAUGGAUGGCAUGGAUAUUUACAUAUUUUUGUCUUUCAAUCCAUAAGGCCUAAAUAUGAAGAACGUUUACGAGAAGAAGCUAGAAGAGUGGUCCACGGAUUCAUUUUAUUUGAAUAUUUCAAUACAUUACUUUUGAAGAAUUUAGGGACCACAGAAACAUAAUUUUAAACUAUAGUAAGUCCAGACGCGAUCAAUUAUUUUAGCAUAUCCCCAAUUUAUUGACAGUAUUAUAAAACAAAUGCAUUUAAUGCUAUAUACGAUUUAUACGUAAUAGUCAUAUACGUUUAUAUAUGUUGAUUAGUACGUUACAAACAGAUUAUGAGUGAUGUCAGAGGCGGGACCAAGCCGGCACUAAGAGAAGGGUAACAUGAAAAUGACGAAUUUUAACAAUCAGGAACAAUAAUUGUACAAGACUCUUUUGAGCUGUUUCAAAUAUGCAAAAGGAUGCACGUUAUUAUUAUAUUACGUUAUUUAUUAUACGUUAGUUAUCUGGUAUUUGUGAGUUCGGAGAACUGUGUAAUGCAAUAAUGUAUUCCAAGUAUUUCUAUCUCGGCCAUAGUGAAUGUUUAUAUACUAGAUAUUGUUAGUGAGAGUAUGAUUGUGGUCAGUACCUACGGCAACAAACGUAACUUAAACAAUUAUAAUCCGUAUUGCAAUACAAAUAAGGUGUAAUGGUUAGGUUAAGUAUGUUGCCGUAAUACUUAGUUGGGCGCUUACAUCUUAGCUCUAUCGCUAAGCUAUUUAUCGAUAUUAUAAGCUGCAGAUCACUUCACGAGUACUUAAUUCGUGGUAAAUUAUAUACAAAUACCACCAGCAAUACUAUUUUUUACUGUUAUUACAUUAUUAAACUUUUGCUGUUUUCGUAAACGGCAAACGCCCGGUAAUAUGCAACUGUAGCAGAGCUUCUCACGUCGUAGGAUCUCUAAAUUGUUUACAUGGUUGGUAAUUUAAAGAGCAAAGUGAAAAAUAGCUAAACACGCCUAGGCAUGUUAAGCUGUUUCAGACUACUUGUGACCAUUUUAACCAAAAGGUACCGCAUUGUCUGUUGUCAAUAAGGUCGAUUUCAAAUUGAAGCUAUAUCGAAAUAACGCCUUCUUGACAACCGUCUAUAAGUAUCCUUUUGAUUGAGAAUGGAACAUUUUAUUUCCUGCGACGUGCUAGCUGUGCCGUAUUUACAACGUGUACUAUUUAUUUCUUCCGAGUAUAAGCUUCAAUUGCGCACAAACGUACGCCGGCGAUGUCAGAUAGACUCCAUUUUGUAACAAACCUACGGCGAGAUAUAUGAAUUUAAAUGAAUGUAUUGUGAAAAGACAAAUUAACUAAAAAUACCUAUAUAGAUUUUCUUCACAUGUUGGAUACAUUAUUAAUGUAAUUUACCUUGUAUAUACGUAUGACCCGAACGGUAGAGUAAAUAUAUUUUGAGGCUCAAAUAGCCAAUUCGAUGUGGCGGUGUCCGUAUGACGUCAUACGUAACGUUUCGUUUCACGUUUAGAAUUGAUUGUAAAUACAUAAUAAUAAUUAUAACAUUGUAGUUAAAUGUAGAAUACGCGUUCCAAGAAAUUAUACAUCAUUUAACACUACUUAUUUGGUAGAUUAUUUGUAUUUUCUGUUAUACCUUAAAUUUUGUUAGGUUCCUUUAGUGAUAUACUUAGGUAUGUUCGAAUGGAUUGUAUAAAGUAGGCUAAUGUUAACGACAGCAGAUGUCGCCAUCAUGGCGCGUGUCACAAACAUUCCGACCGGUUCUAGUCAUCGUGCUCUCUGUGUAGUACAUUAUAUGUGAUAGAGUAGCUACAUAGCGACACUGUGCUAAUACCCUCCAAUCCUGAAACUGAUCUGCCAAUCCUCGGUGCCGUGAUAGCAGAUUUGUAUGUCAGAUUAUCCAUACAAUCUAUAUUUAUUCAGACUAAUCUUCGGCCCCGAGAAUUGACUUGAAAGAUUCAAUUAAAACAUUAUAUUUGUCAGUCACAAUGUUAGAUAGUAAGUAAAAGUUGUUCUGUUCCGUGAAUGUCGUACACUCAGCGUGGUACAUAUACAUAUACACGUCACUCGACCGCUCCAUAGUUCACACUAAUAUUUAUACAGGAAACAUAGCGUAGUUAGUAUCGAUGUGACGGUAGUUUUAUAUGGAUGAUAUUUCUUUGAAUAACUUGUUUCGAUGUACCUAUCAGUCCGAGCAAUGCUUACUCUCGUUACUGCUUCGAUAAAUGUUGAUAUAUCUAAUAUUGUCACUAUACUAUCGCUUCUAGGUGACUCGUUUUAUAUUUCCAUUAACUCCAUCUUGACAAAGUAAGCUUUUUGUGACGUUUAGUCGUUGUAAAUAUUUCCUAGUUGAUUUGAUAUGCCUGAGUUACGCCGAGCCCUGGCUGUAGCGGCUCGGUGGACCCUAGAGAAUAUCCCGAUAAUAAUUUAGCAUAGUCUAUUAUAGGUUAAGAUCAAAAAAGUAUUAUCCAAGUCUAGACAUGCUGUGUGUUAUAUUUCUUAAAAUUAUUACUAUAAUUGUCGUCGAGAUUAUCUUACAUGAAUCUGGGGGUUUUGUUCGAAUAGCAUCAGGAUAUUGUUAUUUUAUCUAUUUGACUAUGUGCUUACCACUGAUAAAGAUAUAUAUUAUAGGCAGCGAGUUUAAUUGGUAUGUAUCUUGUUUAUUUUCUCGACACCGCAACGAAAGGAGAUCUCGCGUCACGCGACGCUAUAUUAUCGUUUACAUACCUUUUAUUUCUAGUCAUUUUUGUGUACAUUCCAAAGUUUGUAACUAUUUACUUUCUCAAAUAACUAGUGAUGUAUUUUGCAUAGCAAAAUGAUGUUAACGUAGAGACAUAGAGCAGGAAAUCACGGGUGUGUCGUGUUGUGGGUGCAACUGUUUAUGAAAUAGAUUUUUUUGGAAAUUUAUUUUGCGAAGCUUACGUUAAGUUAUUUCGUUAUAUUUUUGUAAUUCGAAUAAAGGUCUUUUUAAAUUAGAGAUAACAGCUGACGCUGGAUUAUAUAUAUUUUUAUAGAGUAUACUCUUUAAGCUAUACCGCUAUUUUUAUAGGGUAGUGUUGUUCAGUUCGUUGCUUUCGUUCGGUUGGUCUGUUCGGUUGAGGCGCUGAUCUGAGGGCUUACCGCGAACCACGUUCGACGUGUUGCCUCCCUGUCACACUUACGUACGAAUUUACAAGUGCGACAGAGAGGCAACACGACGAACGUGGUUCGCGGUAGCCCCUCUGAUCAAGAGCGCCCGAGUGAUUACGAUAGUGAUUGUUGAUUGUUGGCCGAGAAUGAUAUUGAAAAUUAUAUAUUACAUAUAAUUUAUAAAUUUCAUUCAAUUUAUGAAAAUAAGAACAAUGUAAUGAUUGGUAAUAUUACUCAUUGCUCUAAAUGUACUAUCAAAAUAUAUUAUACACAGUGUUAAAGGUCAUAAAUAAAAUGCUUUGAAAAUUUCCAAA